AUGCCAGUAUCCAACCCUGUUCCAUAUUAUGUGACCGCAGCAGUGUCUGCGGUCGGGUUAUUGGCAACCUUUUACGCCCAUAAGCGUUAUCAGGAGAAAAGGAGAAACAAGUUACCGGAAGAAUGGGUACAUGUCGGUCAUCUCAAACGCCUUUAUGCGUAUCCUAUAAAAUCUUGCGCGCCUAUCGUAUUAAACCAGGCUGAGUGCUCUAUUAUGGGGCUAAGGGACGGCUGGCUCCGUGACAGGAUACUGAUGGUUGUAGAAGCCCCAGAAAACAAUUUCGUCACAGCUAGAGUUUACCCGGAACUAUUAAAAAUAUCGUGUUCUAUUAAAAAGGCUAUCCUGACCCUGAAACAUCCCAAUAUGCAACCCAUCGAAGUUAACUUGGCCGAGGUAAUGGUGACGCACAAACUUAUACAAACGGUUGUUUGGUUUACGCCCGUGACCGUUUACGACUGCGGACAAGAGGUCAAUGAUUGGUUCACCAAAUGCCUGAAUCAUGAGGGAAAUAACUUCCGUUUGGUGUAUUAUGCAUCACAAAACAGUCGCCCUGUAGUGGGAAUGCCUAAAAUAUUUGACAAGUGUAGAGAUACUGAUGCGGGAGCUCUAGUGGAUGAGUUGGCCUAUAAUAUUAUAAAUGAAGCUUCAGUUGAAGAAUUGAAUACUCGCCUCAAGGAUACUAAAGUUACUGAGUCAAACUUUAGACCUAACUUUUUACUGUCGGGAGCUGCAGCUUACGAUGAAGACAAUUGGAAAUUUGUCAAAAUUGGUGAAAACAUAUUUGAAGUAAUAAAGCCUUGUACGAGGUGCACACUUACAACUAUUGAUCCUGAGACAGGGGUACGUAACAAGAACAUGGAACCACUGGGAACACUGAGGAGUUACCGACUAUCUGUGGACCCGGAAAUGCUUAAGGUGACUGGCGAGUCGCCGAGGUUGGGUACACAAAUGGCCCUGCGCAGCGGUCCAGGCGGCAUUGUUUCCCUCAACGAUCCUAUCUACGUCGCAUAUUGA